AUGGCUAAUACCUGGAUGGACCAUUUUCCUCAAAAAGCAACCCGCACUUUGGAUGAGAUGGAUUCUAUUCUUGGAUUCAAACUUUCGCGCAUCAUCCUUGAGGGGCCCAACUCCAAAUUGAAUCAAACUGAAAAUGCGCAGCCCGCGAUCAUGGCGGUCUCUGUUCUCAUCCUCCGUAUUCUUGAGGAGGAAUUCGGAUUCGAUACCAAAUCUCGCGUUGAUGUCACUCUAGGGCACAGCCUUGGAGAAUUUUCCGCCUUAGUAGCAGCAGGGUAUCUCCAAUUCGCCGAUGCACUCAAAUUGGUCCGUCGUCGGGCCGAAGUGAUGGCUCGAUGCACCCGACAGAUAGUGGAGCAGUCAGGCGAAAGCUACGGGAUGGUAGCUCUGAUCUGUGAACCCGAUCGCCUUGAGGAUUUACUGAAGACUGUCUACGAGUUUCUGGGGUUAGGAACCUCCCGCCUUGACGAUACAAGCCAUGCGAUGCCGCCGAUAUCACAGGUGAUGGUGGCAAAUAUCAACUCUCCCAACCAAAUUGUCCUGAGCGGCAGUAUACCACGGAUCAAAUCCCUUCUUGUCCAGCUGCGUCAGUUUGGGGGCCAUGACCCACGUGCCGUGAGACUGAACAGUGACAGUCCCUUUCACAGCCCUGUGAUGUCUCCAGCCACGGAGUAUAUGAGAACUGCCAUCGAGGGUGUUGACAUCGCGUUCCCUGCUAUGAUCCCCUGCGUUUCCAAUAUUUCGGCCCUACCUUUUCAGUCAAAAGAGGAUCUCAUGCAGCUAUUGUCCAGACAAUGCACCGACACAAUUCGAUGGUGGGACAGCAUCCGUUACCUCCAUCAAGAACGAGGAGUCCGAUGCUGGAUUGGAAUCGGACCGGGGAAAGUGGGUAGAAAUCUGGUCGGAAAGGAGGUCGGCCGGGUGGACACUAAAGGUGGUGGUGUUUGGGCGGUCUGCAAUCCUCGGGAAAUAGAGGAUAUGAUGGCUGCUUUGGAGAAAACGGAAUCUGAAGCAAGAAGGUAA